AUGGCAUUUUGGAAACCAGGAACAACUGCACCUGGUGCUAGUCUCGACCGAGAAACUGAGAAAGAAACAGGGGAAAGUUUCCUCCCCUAUGUGAAUCCAAGUGUCACCACGUAUACAAUACAACAACAGCGUCAGCGAUUACCUGUAUUCAAGUCACGUGAUCAUAUUCUUUAUCUCGUUGAGAAAUUUCAGACGACAAUUAUUGUUGGACAGACCGGAUGCGGCAAAACAACACAAAUACCCCAAUAUCUUCAUGAGGCGGGCUGGACUUUUGGUGGUCGAGUAGUAGCCUGCACACAGCCACGUCGUGUUGCUGCAACCACUGUUGCUCAACGUGUCGCAGAAGAAAUGAAUGUACAACUGGGUGAGGAGGUUGGAUACAGCAUCCGAUUUGAAGAUUGCACAGAUCCAAGUAAAACACGAAUAAAAUACAUGACGGAUGGUAUGUUGUUCCGCGAGACUCUGAUCGAUCCGUUACUUUCGCAGUAUAGUGUCAUAAUGAUUGAUGAAGCACACGAAAGAAGCUUGUAUACUGAUAUCCUCGUAGGAUUGUUAAAAAAAAUAAAAAAGAAACGUCCUGAAUUACGGAUUAUCAUCUCUUCUGCAACAUUGGACGCCGAAGCUUUUUACGAAUUCUAUAACACAAACACUACCAAUGAUAAAAGUAAAGACGACGCGUCUAUAAUUUCAUUAGAAGGAAGAAUGUUUCCUGUUGAUAUACAUUAUCUUGAGGAACCAUGUUCAGAUUACGUCGAGAAGGCGAUCCAAACUGUUUUUGAUAUUCAUACAAAGCAACCUCUUGGAGAUAUUUUGGUAUUUUUGACUGGUAGAGAUGAAAUUGAACAUGCGGUAGAGGAAAUAACGGAAAGAGCCACCACUCUCCCGCGCUCAGCCAUGAAAAUUAAUCCAUUACCACUAUACGCAGGCUUGACAACAGAACAGCAAAUGCUCGUAUUCGAGCCUACACCUCGUAACACUCGUAAAGUGAUAAUAGCAACUAAUAUCGCGGAAGCCUCGAUUACUAUUGAAGGUAUUGUGUACGUGAUUGAUUGUGGCUUUGUAAAGAUCCGCGCGUAUAAUCCAAAAACCGGAAUGGAAAGCUUAACUAUCACAUCCAUUUCAAAAGCGUCAGCUCAACAAAGGGCCGGUCGCGCUGGUAGGAUAACACAGGGCAAAGCGUAUCGUCUUUACACCGAGGAUAGUUUUUAUGAAUUCGAGGAUGCUAGUGUGCCGGAAAUGCAAAGGAGUAAUCUCGCUCCUGUUGUGCUCCAAUUGAAAGCACUUGGGAUUGACAAUGUGUUACGUUUUGAUUUUAUGACUCCUCCACCGGCAGAACUAAUGAUACGCGCUUUAGAGCUGCUGUAUUCUCUGAAAGCAUUGGAUGAUUAUAGCAGAUUAACAGUUCCACUUGGAAUGCAACUUGCUGAAUUUCCCGUAGAUCCCAUGCUGGGAAAAAUACUUAUAGAUUCGUAUAAAUUCAAUUGUGCCGAAGAAAUGCUCACCAUUGCUGCCAUGAUAUCAGUACAAAAUGUAUUUGUAUCAUCCUCUGGUAGAUUGGAUGAAACGAAAAGAAAAUUCGCGGUCGAAGAAGGAGAUCAUAUAACUUUAUUGAACGUAUACAAGUCAUUUAUAACACGCGGAAAAAAGUCUGGUCGUUGGUGUCACGAACACGGUCUUAAUUUUCGAGCUCUUACGCGUGCUAUGUCAAUUCGUCAACAGUUGGCAAAAUACCUAAAACGGUUUGACGUGCCACUAGAGUCAUGUGGAAACGAUACUGUUAAAAUACGAAAAUGUUUGGUUAGUGGAUAUUUUGCUAAUGCUGCAAAGAUGAUGCCGGAUGGAACGUUCAGAACUAUAAGGGAUAAUGUGGAAUUGCAUGUACACCCAUCCUCCGUUCUCUUUACACGAGCUGUUGAGUGGGUUAUAUUUCACGAAGUUGUAGAAACAACUAAACCGUUCAUGAGAGAUCUUACAGUAAUUGAUCCGGCUUGGUUAGCGGAACUGGC